AUGCACCUCUUUCAGGGUGGUGUGCAGAAUAACGUGAUACCCGACGAGAUAAUAGCAGAAUUUGACAUUCGUCUGCAGCCUACUUACAAACCCGAUGAAUUUGAGGCUCUUGUUAAACGUUGGUGUGAGGAAGCCGGGCCUGGUGUAACUUAUUCCUUCGUUCAGAAAAAUCCCCAAAUCAAAGGCACAAAGAUCGACGAUUCUAAUCCAUUUUGGGUGGCUUUUAAAAAUGUCUUUUCUGAAAUCGGUAGCGAGCUCAAGCCGAUAAUUAUUUGGGGCACUUCGGAUGCUCGCUAUUUACGCCAGUUGAGCAUUCCUACUCUAGGUUUCGUACCAUUAUGCAACACGCCAUCCAACGUUCACGGUGCCAAUGAAUGUGUGAAUAAGGACGUGUUCCUGAGAGGAAUAGAUAUAUUCACUAAAAUAAUACCGGCCAUCGCAAACGUUUGA